AUGUGCUAAGCAUCUGUUAUUUUUAGAAUUUCCAUAAACAAUUAUACUUUAGAACAUUUUUUUAACAGCUGUCCUAUUUUUACUUUUUCAACCUCCAAUCUAAAACAUCUCCCCAAAGCUAAAUCCAAUAAGUACUAGCAGCAAAUUGCAGCAGAAUUAAUAUCAGGUAAAUAAUAUCAUUUGAUUAUCAAGGCAUUGUACAUGGAUUCUAAUGA